AUGUCCGAUUCCCAAGAAAUCUUUGAGCGCUGGGAGCGACGCCUAAAAUAUUACCUCGAGGAGAACACCAACCCAGAUAACGGACCAAUCCGUGCUGGGUUUGCGAGUGGGACCAUCCACGUCGAGACCAGCUAUAAUGAAGUGGCUGGCGAAAUACGCCCAGUGCGGCAUGACAGACUCACCUUGUCACGCGUCUGGGACGGAAUUGACCGCCCAAUCUAUAUUCUCAUCACUGGGGCUCCGGAAGACGAUCUUCAGGACCUCAUUUUCACGUACCUUCGUGACAUACAAGAGGGUUUUCUACCCAACAACACCUUCGUGCAGGGCGCCCAGUUGACGGGUAGGAAUGUGAUAUGUUGGAGACAUAGCCUUACAGGCGCUCGUCGCCCUCACGCUUCCAUUAUUCCUGGCCGUGAAGAUGUCGACAGACGUAGGUUCCAUCAAGAUGACGAGGAAAUCCAUGCCAUCUUGAACGACUAUCGAGAGGAACUUGGAUUCGGUCGAGUUGAACCACCUUGCCCUGACCGGAUGCGUCCGGAUGAUGUGUAUGUUGAGGAGAGCCCUUAUCGCGGGCACAUGAGAGACGCACCGUCAACCUCUGAUAGCUCUGGGAGUAUUAUUGUUGGAAUCGAAGACAAUGGCGCCAACGAUGUCGCCAACGAUGUCACCAACGAUGUACAUGCUGCUCCACAGGACACCUCUCUCCCUGACACAACAUCCGAUGAUGAAAACGUCACCCCACAGGACGCUUCUUCCCCUGACUCGGUUUAUCAUGAAGGCUUCCCGAGAACAGGCCCCGGGAAUGGGUUGCUCAAUGGCAACCCCUAA